UUUACUCAAUUUGUCUUUACGAAAAUUGGUAAAACAUUAAUAUAAUCAUAUGAAUUUGAUUAUGGAAUGUAACUUAUAUAUAUUUCUAUUUUACAAUACUUAGUAAUAAAUAUUUCUUGCAAAGUUAUAUAAACCUAUGUUAACCAUGGCUACACCCGGAAAAAUGAAGAAAAAGAAAAAACAGGUUGAAUUUACGGCGGAUAAUAUUGACAAUACAGCUCCUGUGAAGAAAAUUCUUGAAGAUUUGCGCAAUAAAAAUGUUCAGGCAUAUAACUUUUUUAAUUACAAUAUAAGGCAAAGGCUUUCAACAAAGAAAACAUUGCCAAACUUUCAUUUCAUUGUUCCUGGCCAUCCAUUAAAUGCAUUCAGUGAUGAUUGGGAUGGGCAGCUGUUCACAAAUUAUUUUGAACAAUUUCCAUACAAGAGUUCAAAUCCUAAAAUUAUCACCAUGUUGAAACAUUCAAAUAAAACUGAUCCCGUCACAGAGUUGAUAAAAGCUAAAAAUGAUUGGCAACGGCAAUGGAGAUAUUUAAAAUAUUCAGCAACAUUAAACAACAUGUUAUCAAAGUAUGAGACAUUAAAUGAUGAUGUUGUACAUUGUCCAAAACACUUGAUUGACAUGGCAAAGCAUUGGGACAGUGAUCCGGACCCACAUUUUGAUAGUUCAUACAACUGGUACUAUGCAGGACAUGGCAACUUACAACUCAUAAGUAUACAAUGGAAUGAUUACUUGCUUCAUAGUGAGUUUAGUAAAUUAUCGUUAUCAGAGUAUAAUAAAAAUGAUAGAUCAAUCAGCAAAAGCCCCGUAGCUACUUUUGAUUGUGGUGACGGUAUUAAUAUUCUAGAAACAAUAUGCUCUUCACAGAAUUUGGUUGCUUUGCGGACUAAAUAUAAAGUAUUCAUAUUAAGAAUUGUCACCGAUACUGAUGAAAUUAAAUUUGAAGAAAUCAAAAGAGCGCAAUCAGAAAUACAAUACACGGGCAUAUCUUUUGAUGGUUACCAUAAAAACAUUCUAUAUGUAACCACUUUGGACAACAAACUUACAAUUGUGAAUUUAGACAGAAUGAAAGGAAGAAGUGUGAAAUUAAAAUCUAAUGUAUCUCCGAAAAAUAAUUGGAAUACUGUGCUCAGUUCCGAGAGAGGAUUCUACACUCAUGUAUCAACAAAAUAUGUUACUGUUUAUGAUAAACGAGCUAAUGGCAUUGUCCAUCAAUGGGGAGACCUUAGAGAUGUGACGGAUGAACUAUUAUGCAACGAUGUAACAUCUGCCUUACCCACCGAGACACCUUAUUUUUACAUUGGUACAAACCAUCACCUAUUUGUAAUGGACAUGAGGUAUUCCCAUACACAAAAUAAAAAAGCCAGACCCAUAAAUAGAUGGACCCAUGGCAUGCAAUGUCCUCCAACAUAUUUAUCUAAAUGCAUAUUUGGAUACAAUAAAGAUUUGCUUUGUCUAAGCAGUCAAUGGUGUGAAGAUAUGUGUGUUGUACCGAAUGAUUACGAUGGUAUCGCCAAAGAAUCUGACAUAAUAAAUGUUACUAUACCAUUCCGACCUCCCAGUAUAAUAAAUACCUUAAAAAAGGCCCGCCAGAAGUUAUUAUGUCAUGAUUUAUAUAAUCCUAUAGACGCGAGACUUCACACAGCUAUUACUGGAGGUUUGAUUACAGAAUUUGAUGAAAAAUUUGAUGUGUUAAUGCAAAAUUCUUUAGGUGAUAUUUCUUGCCAUACAAUCUUCCCGAAUCAUUUUGAUAUAUUUAUGGAAGAUGAUAAUUGUGAAAGUCUUAAUGAAUGGAGUAAAUCUUAUAAAUUGGAUAAGAAAGAUUUUGUAGUGACAUCUAUAGUAGAUAUUUCAGAUGUCUGGAAGAGUUUAAAGAAAGUUCCUGAUGGAUAUAAGAUUUUAGAUAACAGACGAGAAAAGUCUAAAUGUAACGAAGAAGAGAUUUUUGAAACCUUCGAAAACGAAGAUCUUGAUGAAGGUCUUUUGGAAUUGUGGACAAAUAAACUGGAAGAAACAGUUGAUCAAUCUUCGUUCGCUCUUAAUUUACAUUUUUCUGACAGUGAUGAGGAUGGUAAAUGAUGGGUUUGAAGAGUUUAAAUGGUGCGAAAUAUUACAGAAUUAUAACAAAAUCUACUAGUCUUCUAGUUAUUUAAAAAAAAAA